AUGGCGAAUCUUGUUCCUGGAGUGCUUUUGAAGCUGUUACAACACAUGAACACUGAUGUGAAGGUUGGUGGUGAACACAGAUCAUCGCUUUUACAAGUUGUUAGCAUUGUUCCAGCUCUUGCAGGUGGUGAACUUUUCCCAAAUCAAGGUUUUUAUCUUAAGGUUUCAGAUUCAUCUCAUGCUACUUAUGUUUCUUUACCUGAUGAACAUGAUGAUUUGAUUUUGAGUGAUAAGAUUCAAUUGGGUCAGUUUGUUUUUGUUGAUCGUUUUGAAGCUUCUUCUCCUGUUCCUGUGAUUAGGGGUGUUAAGCCUGUUCCUGGGAGACACCCUUGUGUUGGUACUCCUGAGGAUAUUGUUGCUACUCAUUCACUUUCGUUUCUUGAUAACAAUGAUAAUGACACUAGGAAGAAUAAGAAUGAUGUUGUUGUUAAUUCUGAGAGUCCUAGGAAUAGGAAUGUGUUUGGUGUGAAGGAGAAAGAGAAGAAGGAGAGAGGGAGGUUGAGUUUUGGCGGUGUUAUUGUUAAUAAGGAGGAAGGGUUAGAGAAGAAGGAGAGAGUGAGAUUGAGUUUUGGUGGUGGUGGGAGUGUUAAGGAUGAAGGGUUAGAGAAGAAAAGAGGGAUUUUUGGAAGAGGUAGUAGUAAAAGUGAGUCUUUGAAACCAAAACCAAUGUUGAAGGUUGAUGUGAAGAGGGAAUCGUUACCUCAAUCGUCGUUAACUAGAGUGAGGUCGGCGAAUUCAAAGUCGAUUCCUUCUUCGCCUAGUAGUGUUUAUUCGUUGCCGAAUUCUUUUGAGAAAUUUUCUAAUGGUGUUAAGCAGCAGAGAGCAAAGGUUGGUGGUAAGGGAGUGGAGAAGGUUGCGGGAGCGGUUGAUGCGGGAAAGGUUGGGAAAAAAAUCGGUUUGGGAAAUCCAAUUAGAAAUUUGGUGCAAGGUUUUGAUUUUGGUGCUAAGGCUCUAAGAAAGAGUUGGGAAGGAACUAUGGAGAUCAAGACUAAAGAGUCUUCCAAAAUCAAGGGCGCUGCUGCUAAGCCGGUAGUUCAAAGCUCGAUUCCUAGGAGAAGCAUGGCAACUGAUAAGUUGCCGUCUAGAGAGGUUAAAGCCCCGAUAAAGCCCUCUAAGGAAGAACAUAAGGCUCAAUUGUCUACAAAGAAGGUUACUACUAAUGGAAAUAUAGAGGAACAAGAGAAAUCAAGUAAACAAAGGACUUCCUUUGUAAAGAAAUCGGCGGAAGUUUCAAAUAACGGAUUACCUGGAAACAUGGUCAAAGUUUCUUUAAGUAGUAGAAAAGUGACAGAUUCAAGUGUUCAAUGGGCGUCACUCCCGUCAUCUAUUUCAAAGCUUGGAAAGGACGUAAUGAAGCACAGAGAUUCUGCACAGCUGGCUGCAAUUGAGGCUAUGCAAGAAGCCGCAGCAGCCGAGAGUUUGUUACAAUGUCUGAGUAUAUAUUCGGAGCUGACUAAUUCUGCGAAGGAACAUAAUCCGCAGCCAGCAGUAGAGCAGUUUUUAUCGCUUCAUGCAAGCCUAAAUAGUACCCGGAUGAUUGCAGAAUCCUUAUCUAAACCCAUUCAAGAUGGUUCGUCUCCGGAUUAUGAAAAUAGCAAACUGGAAGAAGCGCUAAAACAAAAAUCAGAUAGACAAAAACAAGCGGCUUCUUGGGUCCACGCCGCCCUGGCCACCAACCUGUCGUCUUUCGCCGUUUUUUCAAAGGAAGCUUCAAGUAAUAAUUCUCAAACUCAAAAGACUGCAGUUGGAACUCAACCCGCGUUAGUCCUACACAAUUCAAGCGAAAACUCAUCGUCGAAAGCUCGCGUAAAACCUCGUCCAACAGUUCAUUCCAAGCUUGUCUCACAAGGCAUCAUUCCUCGCAAAUCGACCGAUUCAGCAAACGGACACAAGCAACCAGUCCAACCACCCCCAGAAUGGAUUAAAGGAAACGGUCUCGACGAGGUCGCUGAUUUGGCUGAAAUGUUGCAGGUACAAUCCCGAGACUGGUUUUUGGGAUUCGUCGAAAGAUUCUUGGACAGUGACGGCGACACUACCUUAUCAGAUAACGGCCAAAUAGCAGGUAUGCUCACUCAACUGAAGAGCGUAAACGAUUGGUUAGACGAGAUAGGAUUGAACAAAGUCGAAGGAGAAUCCUGCCAGAUAUCAGCAGAGACAAUUGACCGACUAAGGAAGAAAAUAUACGAAUAUCUUCUCACGCACGUCGAAUCCGCGGCAGCUGCACUUAGCGGCGGAUCACAAUCACAAUCAAAAUCACAAGCAUUGCCUCAAAUCCAAACAACACAGAUUAAAGCCAAAAGAUGA